CACAGAUUUCCCAAAAAUGAGAAUGCUGGCUAGAAAUGACUCCUCAGUGACUGAAUUUAUUCUUGCGGGAUUAACAGAGAAACCUGAGCUCCAGCCACCCCUGUUUCUUCUGUUGUUGGUGAACUAUGUGGUCACUGUGAUGGGGAAUUUAAGCUUAAUUAAUCUGAUUUGUCUGAAUUCUCACCUUCACACUCCCAUGUACUUUUUCCUCUUCAAUCUGUCCUUCAUUGAUCUCUGCUAUUCAUUUGUCUUUACUCCUAAAAUGCUGAUGAACUUUAUUUCAGAGAGAAACAUUAUCUCCUUUGCAGGAUGCGUGACUCAGCUAUUUUUCUUCUGCUUCUUUGUCAACUCUGAGUGCUAUGUGUUGACAGCCAUGGCCUAUGAUCGCUAUGUGGCCAUUUGCAAGCCCCUGCUGUACACUGUCACCAUGUCCCGUAGGGUCUGUUCCCUGUUGAUGUCUGGUUCAUAUAUGAUGGGGUUUGCUGGUGCCAUGGUGCUCACAGGGUGUAUGAUCAGGUUGAGCUUUUGUGACUCCAACAUCAUCAACCAUUACAUGUGUGACUUCUUCCCCCUCCUCCAGCUCUCCUGCGGUGGCACUUAUGCAAAUGAACUUGUAGUUUCCAUUAUUGUAGGCACAGUUGUCAUUGUAUCUAGCAUCCUUAUCAUUCUGUCUUAUGUUUUGAUUCUUUUCAAUGUCCUUCACAUGUCAUCAUCUAAGGAUUGGUCCAAAGCCUUGAGCACAUGUGGCUCCCACAUAAUAACUGUUGGUCUCUUCUAUGGAUUUGGAAUGCUCACUCAUGUCAAGCCAUCAUUUGCUGGGUCUGUGGACCAGGGAAAAUCUUUCUCAGUCUUUUAUACCAAUGUGAUACCCAUGCUGAAUCCUCUCAUCUAUGGCCUC